UGCUCAUCUUGUCUCCCCUUUCCCCUCUCAUCUCCACUCUACCCCAUCCCUCUUCCUGCCCUCCUGUCCCCAUCCUUCUCCCUCAGGAGAGCCGUACACCAACUGCACCGCUCUGAACCCAUUUGUGCAGUGGAAUCUGCAGCCGCUGCUACCAGCCACUCCCCCCUCCUUCACCCUCACCUCACCACCCCCACCCGCCUUCACGCCGCCAUACGCCCUCUCGUCCAUCUGCUUGUGGACGUCCCUCUCCGCCAUCGCACCUGGUCGCACACAAGCAACAGCCCUCCUGCCACUGCCGCCACACACAAAGCCUGCUGAUGCAGAUGCUGGCAGUGGAGGCGAGAAGGCAGUGGGGGGCGCAGUUGGUUCGAGUCAGGGCGUGCAGGGGGAGUGGGCAGUGGCGGGGUAUGAGGCGAUGCGUGUGGUGCAGGUGGGGGGUGGGUGGCGCCAGGGCAGCUAUGGCCUGCCCUCCUCCCUCGCUGCCUCUGCUGCACCUGCUGUGUCUGGAAGGCAAGGUGACUUGUCUGGAAACCUUCGUUGCACUUCUUUGUAG